UGAUGGUUAUCAGCUAUCUAGAGCUUUUCUGUCGCGCCUUAGCCAUUAGUAAAUGAAGGUGGAAGUGAUGCAAUGUUUCUAUGCACCUGUAGUCGCCCUCCCCUCCUCCCCUCCCCGGACAACAAACGCAUCCGCACAUCAACCUGGUUUAGUAGGCUGCUGCCGAGGACUAGAACUCGCGAGCCGUAGGGUGGAGAAGAGUCGUGUGCUGCGGAAUACAUUCGCCAAACCGAGUUGCGCGCGGUUUGGCUGCAGAUGCGGGUCGGUGAGUGUGAACGCGAGGCGGGGGGAAAUGGCGAACGGGCGCAGGCGGCGGUGCGCCUUGUGAGGAUACUCUAGAAAGACACCAGGAGCACAGGCAACCAGCUCGAGGAGACACAGGAGGAAGGAGAGGGGUCGAACCAUGGAGGACUCAGAGCCCGCAGAGGACGGCUUGCUCGCGGGCUUGCGAUGGAACAGGAGCGCACGAGACCAAGCACAGCUUAAACAUAAAAUCCGGGAUCUGCCGGGGCUACUCAAGCACGGGCUACACCUGCGGAAGAAGAGCCAAUCACCUGACACGAUCCCUGGACCAAGCACCGGACCUACAGUACACAAGUCUUGCUCCCAGAGUUUUCCAUGUGCUGGUCGGGCUGUGAGGAAUGCCUUCCUCUCUCAUGGGCCAUACCCAGCUAAAGACAAGAUCCACCUGGCCAGAAUCAUACGACGAAGCUAUGUGGGAGUGGAGCUGGUGCAGUGGCUGUGUGAGCAAUGUGUGUACGUGCGCUGUCGGACUGCUGCUGUGCGCGUCUGGCAGGUGCUGCUGGAGCUGGGAGUCCUGCUGUCUGUGGACCAGCGGGUGGUGUUUUCUGACUCCAACUCUUACUACCAGUUCAGCUUUGAGGAGUGUAACUCUGCCUCCUGCGAAUUUCGCUCCAAUGAAGGGGAUUGGCCAGAAGCUGUUAAGCUCCUCCUACAACUUGCCCCAUAUGUCCAGUUUCGCUCUGGUGGUGGGGCCAACAGCCCGUCAGAGGAAGACUCUGAAGGCAACAGGGACAUGUGCAGUGAGUUUCUUCAGAUGAAAGCUCUCGAGAGGCUCACUUCUACGGUGCAAAGUGAGUUGGCAGCUGCUUUAGCGCGAAAGACUCGCAAAGCUUUGUCAGAGCAGGACUCUGAGACAACAGAGACGGGGGACCAGGGGUCUUGCACGCCCAGCGAGGAGAGCAGCCCGCUCGGUGGGGUGUGUGCAUUGCGGGACAGUGGUGGCAGUGGCGGCAGCAGUGGGAUGGGGAGCGUGUGCGGUCGCGAGGAUCUUACCAGCCGGCUGGGACUGGAGGCCGUCCAGCGGCUCGCCAAAGAUGGCUGUCGCCUGUUGCAGAACCACAACUACCGUCUAUCUGACAGGAACCAAGCGGAGGCGGUGGGGAGGGUUUGUCUGAAGGAGAGAGGACGGGAUGUACUGGUGUUGCAGAGGGUAACGUCGUCAGUUACGUCGCCCUCGGAGCGGCCCUCACCUACAUCGUCAGGGGGCGUGUCCAGAGAGGAGGAGUGCAACAAGAGAUACGUGGUGGUGUCGGGAACGCCGCUCAAGAUCUUGGAGCAUCUGCUGAGUGACCUGCGACUGGAUGACCAAAGAGGGGCACCGGAGAGCAGGGAGAGCGAAAUGCUGCUUGAUGACUUCCUGCUGACCUACCUUGUGUUCAUGUCCACUCAUGACCUUUGUCAGGCUCUGCUGGGACACUAUAGCAGCGUCCGCUGCAGGGGCCAGGAGGAGGGCAAAGAUGCCCUCUUCAGGAAGCGCAAAGUGCUGCAGCUGGUUUCCCACUGGAGCAGGCUUUAUAAGGACUUCCUUAAGGAAGAGGAGCACGUCAGGAGCUUUAUGAAGACCCUUUACAGGUAUGUUUUAGAAGAUCUGUAUGAGUUCCCCACUCUAGAGAAAGACCUGAAAGAGUUUCAGAAACUUCUGCGUCGCCGGCACACAGUGGAUGACUGCCCUCCCACUCAAAAGAGCAAACAAAUGUAUCAGCAGUUGAGUUUGAAGGAAAACUGCUUGCAGCUCCGCAGUCCACAGACGGAGACUAGAGAGGUGAUAUGCUGCGUAUAUGUGAGUGCUGAUUCCUACCUAAGUGUCCACACACACCCCGCACUGGAGGCCCACGAGCUGUUGCGGAUUGUUGGCAUGAAGAUGGACAGAGCAGAGGAGGACAUGGUGCUUGCUGUGGUGUCGCACACUGGAGAGCGAAGGGUCUUGCAGCCCAGUGACUGUGUGUAUUCAGAGUCUCUGACCCCACAGGGGAAGCUUGUGGCUUGUCGCAGGGAUAUCACAGAGAUCCUGCCUCCUUUAACAGACAGUGCUGAGUUAAGCAGGAGGCCAGUUCGACUCUUAGGGAUCAACACUUGGGACGUGGCAGCAGCGCUCACACACCUGGACUGGAGCCUCUUCAAAUCCGUCCACGAGCAGGAGCUGGUGUACUACACCCUGAGCCGUUCUCCCGGCUCUGGCUACACGGCGGCGCUCUCCGUCCUUCUCCAGCGCUGUAACGAAGUCCAGCAGUGGGUCAUGUCUGAGGUGCUCAUGUGUGUAUCACUCAACAAGCGAGUGCAGCUGCUCAAGAAGUUCAUCAAGAUUGCAGCUCACUGUAAAGCCCAAAGAAAUCUCAACUCUGCUUUUGCCAUCAUCAUGGGUCUCAACACGGCUGCUGUCAGUCGGCUCAACCAAACAUGGGAGAAAUGUCCAGGGAAGUUCAAGAAGCUUUUCUCAGAGUUGGAACUCAUCACGGAUCCAUCUCUGAACCACAAAGCCUACAGAGAGGCCUUUAAAAGGAUGAAACCUCCAAAGAUCCCUUUCAUGCCUCUUCUCCUAAAAGAUAUCACUUUCAUUCAUGAGGGAAAUAAGACUUUCCACGACAACCUGGUCAACUUUGAAAAGCUGCACAUGAUUGCAGACACUGUGAGAAUGAUUCGCCACUGCCAAAGUGACCAACCAGGCAACGAGGUGGUUGGGGUGGACAGUGUGGAGGUGAGAGCGAGCGUUCACUGCCUACACAUCAUCGACAAUCAGCAGACGCUUUUUGAACUGUCACACAAGCUGGAGCCACGUGCUUAAAUGCACACAUUCACGUGCCCUCACAAACACACUGGACAUAGCGCAGAGGAAAUGCUAACAUGUGUGACACGGAGGACGCGUGUACGGCAAAAAUGUCACAAACUCACAUAUACACGGCAACAAGAUCACACAACCAGCAGUGGUGUCGGAUGGACAUUAAGCUCUGCUCUGACCAAACCCAUGAAGACACAGCUGCACUCUGCCUGUUGUUUCACUGAACAUGCGCUUGUAAGGGAUUUAUAAACUCGACACACACCGAGUGAACUUCUAGGAGCAGUGUCUCUGCAGAAAGAUGGAGAUUUGCCACACUGAGACGGAGAGUUGAGAAGGCUGUAAUUAGUUUGUACAGUAUCCAUUAGACUGAGUUUGCUUUUGUUUUGUAUUUGUGAGUCUUUGGUUAUUUAUGAGGCUGUUACUACAUCAGGUUACUUUAUUUUGGCCAGUCUUGCUACACCUCCUUGGAACGUCAACAAGGACUUGAUAACCUCAUAGUAAUUUUAAACACAGAAAACAUUUCAAGAGUUUGAUUUGUUUGAAAUGUUUUGGACAAAAUCUGCACAACGGGUGGUCUAAUAUGAUUUCGUCUGCAAAGCACACGCAGGUAUUCACCUGCAUCACACACCAAGAUACACCUAUAGUAUCUAGGUGUGCAGAGCUUUUUUGUUUAUUGUGCAAGCAGAACCAACGCUGAUGAAUAUUAGACAAUUGUUGGAUUCCUUUCACAUGGUCAAGUCCUGGUUGACCUUUAGCCAAACACUCCUCAUGCACUCUUCUCUAUGAUGUCUUAGUGUGAAUAGAUACUGAUCAUUUCACAUUGUACAUACUAUGGACCUAAACACUUCUCAGUGCCAAAUGUCAUGUUGAGUUGCAGCACAGCUGUACCUGUAAGCUCCUGCUGCGCAUCAGAAUCACAGCAUUUGACUUUCUGGAAGGAGCCCUGCUAUGAUGUCUCAUCUCCGAUCAUGUAAAGCUGAUCUGAUUUCUCGCAGAGAUGCUUUUCUGACAUUAUGAUUGACUGAGUUCAGGGUGUGCGAUUGUAUCACGUCAGGUUGCCAUGGAAACACAGCCUCAGUGUAGAGCAUUUUUUCCCCUUUUUUUUCUAUAAGUCUUUCAUUUUUAUUAUGUCAACUCGUUUCAUUCAAAGCAACACACAUCAGAAUAGCUCUGCUCCACUAUAGAGUUUUCAAAAGGACAUUGAUUAUUCUGACUGACUGAAAAGAUCAUAUCAUGCAGAAGUGGUCUCGUGGAAACUAACAGAGUGCAGACAGGAGGAUGGAAGCACAAGGAAAUUACAUGCUCCUGUUUGCACAGCCGCAAGAUGUGAAAGACAUUUAUUUGUUCGUCAAAUUACCUGUCUGACGAGUUAAUGUUGGCCCGCUCUGGGAUAGAAAUAUAGCAUUUGGAAUAAGAGAACCAUUAAGGAAUUCUAAUGCUAAUCACAAUAUGUGUAAUUUAAGUUAAGAAACCAUGUUUGACAGAACUUAUCAGUGUUUUUUGUUUUUAAUGUUUUGCCUUGUGUCUGUUUAGUUCUCACCAGUCAUACCACUGGUACAUUUCUACUGUAAUAGUCUUAAAUGUUACAUAGUGAUGCACGUGCCACAUCUUUUUUUUUUUUUUAAAUCAUAAGAUAAAGUUGGGGGAAAAAGUGCAAUACAGUCGAGAUGGUGCUGCAAGUGUUCAUCAACAUUUCAACAUGAAGCCUUUUAGAAUAAAAAGCGUUUUGCUUUGACAAUAAUUACUCAAAUUUAAGACAAAUAAUUACAAUUUAUAAAAUUAUUUAAGUUACCAAUGCAAGUUUGGUUCACAGUAAGAAAAAAGAUCUGUAUUUUGUGUUAUGCGCCUCUUCUUGCAUUAAAAUGAUCUAAAACAAUUUGAAAAAGAAAUUGAUCCUGUCAUUGCCACCAAAACACUGAUAUACUUGGCAUGCUCUCAUCCAAAGAUAUUAAUACAAGCUGGAAAGAUAUCAAAGCCAUUUAAUAUAUUUGAUAUUAAGUCAAUCACAAAAAAGCAAAUCAAAACAAUCUAAAGAUGUUUCCAGUGUUUGAUAUCUAAGACGUAUUGCUUAAGAAAGCAAUUACAACACUAACUUUGACUGACUGGCAGCCAGUGGCCUCUAGAAUAAUUUUCAUCUUCAUGUUGGCUUUUGGUUAAUAGUCUGUUACUAGAACAGCAGCUGAAAUGACACUAGAGUUAUUAAGUAUUUCGAUUUACUUCAAGUUUGCUGAUGUUAGCCACGGUUUGCUACUCAUACUAAAUGACAGUGGAAGGAAUGAACCAACAAUGUGUUUGCAAAGCCUAUCUUAUUAUGUCAUUGCCAUUUUAAAGACGCUUUUGGUAAAAAAAAGUCAGUGAUCCUUUGACCGCUAGAGCUGAUUAGCCACAGCCAUAAUCUCCUCAUGUUCAGUGUGAUGCAAAAGCGUUGUGGUCAUUUUUACUAUUAGGCUAUACAUGAUGUGCAUACACACACACACACAUAUACCUCUGCUUAUCAUGUUCAAAGAGCAGAAUAAUUGUUAUGUUGGUUAUUUAUUGAAAUAUAUUAAUUAUGGUGGCAAAAUGUUUUGGUUUUUGUGCCAUGUUCAGAGCUUCAAUAGUGUGAAUGUGCACACAAGAAAAGGAGAUUUAAAAGCACUUUUUCAUGUGUUUUGUGGCCACUUGGUGUCAGCAGAAGAGCUUGUGAGUGUAACGAUGCUCCUCACUGUUUUCUGCUGUCAAACGCUAAACCGAGCCAACCAGCGGGAGGCUGCAUUUAGUGUUUUACCAGCCAUUGUCAUAAUUGUGUAGUUAAGUUUUUCUAAACUCAAUGUUGUUCAAAACCUGUUUGCAUGAUAAAAUAAAUAAAAAAAACAAACCACAAAGUUCACAAUGCAAGAGAGGACACAUUGAAAGCUUUGUACUAUUGUAAUAUUGUUAAUGUGUAAAUAUAUGCCGAUGUUUGGUAUGUUGUUAUUAUUUAUCUGUUAUAAAUGCAAAUAAUGUCGGUCACAAAGCAAUAUGUCUCCCAUUGCUCCCCUCAACCUUUACACAGCUGAAGUCACGUCUUUUCUAAAGCUGCGUUUUACUAUGUCAAAGUUUUACUGAAAAUGAAUAAAUGAGGUUUUAUGUGACAUCUA